CGUGAGGUGCCCAAGGACAUAGCUGGCAUCCUGGAUGAGAGCGCACAGACUCUGUUCCUGACAGAGAUGUUCCGCGGCCUCAACCUCACACUCAAGGCCUUCUUCGACAAGAAAGUCACGAUCAACUACCCCUUUGAGAAGGGCCCGAUCAGCCCGCGGUUCAGGGGGGAGCACGUACUGAGGCGGUACCCCACAGGAGAGGAGCGCUGCAUCGCCUGCAAGCUCUGCGAAGCGGUGUGCCCGGCGCAGGCGAUUACGAUCGAGGCGGAAGAACGCGAGGACGGCAGCCGCCGCACGACGCGCUAUGACAUCGACAUGACUAAGUGCAUCUACUGCGGCUUCUGUCAGGAGGCGUGCCCUGUCGACGCCAUCGUGGAGGGGCCCAACUUUGAGUUUGUCACCGAGACGCACGAGGAGCUGUUGUACGACAAGCAGAAGCUGCUGGAGAAUGGGGACCGGUGGGAGACUGAGAUAGCAGCCAACCUCAAGAAUGAGUCGCUCUACCGAUGA